AAACAAACAAAAUAAACAAAAUUUAAAAAACCUUGCUUCUCCCUGUUACAUACUUUUCAACUAGUCUAGUAUACCUUUUUACCCUACAAGUUUUGGCUAUACUAAAUUCAUUAUGUUCGAUAAAUUGGGGACAUUGAAGACCUCGCUUCCUUGUUGGCUAUCGUAUAUAAAGCCCCAUUCUGAACUCGAUGUUAUGACAGUGCAAAUCACCACAAAGUCAUCUGAAGAUGAAGUUGACUCUUUGUUUCCUGCUGAUCCUGGGCUGUGUGGUAGUCCAUGGCCAAUCGCCUGACUGCAAGGAGAUAAAGGAUAUUUGCUCUAAGUGCAUCCGAACACUUAAUGAUCCCUAUAACAAGGUGGAAUUUAUAAAUAAAGGAUGCAGAAACAGGGUUCGAGGCAGCUAUGUAUGGACGGAUCAGAACCUUUGCGAACUUCAAGCGAUAGCUUGUUCCGCUCCGAAUAGGGCAAUGAAUUGUGUUGUUAUCGCCGAGCUAGCCAAAAUGCGCAAAGUGACUCCAAGACCUCCAGGAUAACAAAUGUACUAAAGGACUUGGCCAAUUAGGACCAAAUAUGCAUAUGAUGGACACGCACUUUGGG